CACCUGCAUCGUACGUGAUAACCCUUUUCCCUCGGGCGCCUGACUUACUCCCCUUCCCACUCCAACUUCCGCCCCGUCUAUCACCUUCAAACUUCCACCACUUGCUCCCUUUUCAUCCAUCCAACCCCCCUCUUGUCAUUCUUACCACACUUAGACCGUCGAUUUUCUUCGGCUUGGAUAUAUUAUUUUUGACCUCUCUUGACACGUCUUCGUUACCGCUAACCCUUUCUCCCUUAUAAAGAUGGCCGAGAUCCGCCGCAAGCUUGUUAUCGUGGGUGAUGGUGCCUGCGGUAAGACCUGUCUGUUGAUUGUGUUCUCCAAGGGAACUUUCCCCGAGGUUUACGUCCCCACCGUCUUCGAGAACUACGUCGCCGAUGUCGAGGUUGACAACAAGCACGUUGAACUCGCCCUGUGGGAUACUGCUGGCCAGGAAGACUAUGACCGUCUCCGUCCCCUCUCCUACCCUGACUCCCACGUCAUCCUGAUCUGCUUUGCGGUCGACUCUCCCGAUUCCCUCGACAACGUCCAGGAGAAGUGGAUCUCCGAGGUCCUCCACUUCUGCCAAGGUCUCCCCAUCAUCCUGGUCGGCUGCAAGAAGGAUCUUCGUUUCGACCCCAAGACCAUCGAAGAGCUGCACAAGACUUCGCAGAAGCCCGUUACCCCUGAGCAGGGUGAGGAGGUUCGCAAGAAGAUCGGUGCCUACAAGUACCUGGAGUGCUCCGCACGAACCAACGACGGUGUCCGCGAGGUCUUCGAGGCUGCCACUCGGGCUGCCCUCCUGACCAAGAGCCAUAAGAGCAAGAAGAGGACGUGCCUGAUCUUGUAAACUACUCUCAUUCCCCUUGGCAGAAAGACUGUUCCAUACGGAGAUUGUAUGAGCGGAUAAGCGUUUCGAAUAUUUGGUUGUUUCCUUUCCAUCAACUCAGAAGGGGGGCCUCCGUUGGGGUGUUUCA